AUGGUGUUCGACGCCGCGGAUAGCCGGGGUAAGCCCUCAUCGUACGUCCGAGAUGCAGCAAUGACCGAAAUGAAUGACUCGAUUGGGGUGAGCAGCGACGAAGAUGCCGACUUGAAACGUCUCGGUCUCCAGUCUCCUACAAAGCGGGACAUUGGACUUCUUGAGAUUGUUGGCCUCGGAUGGAACAUCUGCAACAGCUGGUCAGCUAUCGCAGUCACACUGUCAAUCUCAAUUGCUUCGGGCGGUCCGGUAACUUUGUUAUACGGCAUCAUUCUCAUCUUCGUUCUCGGGGGCGCCUGUGCUCUGAGCAUGGCUGAGAUUGCCUCCGUCUAUCCGACAGCUGGAGGGCAGUAUCACUGGACCAGCAUUCUUGCACCAGAACGUUCAAGCCGUGUACUCAGUUACUGCUGUGGAUCAGUCAACUUCCUGGGCUGGAUAGCCAACGGAGCAGGCUUCGUCAUACAGAUGCCGGUCAUGGUACUCUCACUCGCGUCUUACCUCGAUCCUCAAUACAUCCCGGAAACGUGGCAUAUCUUCCUUCUUUUCCAGGCCUUCAAUUUUGCAUUCACCGCCUACAAUAUCUUUUUAAUGAAACGUACAGCUUGGAUUCACGACUUGGGAUUUUUCAUCUCGCUGACAGCCUUCUUCGUCAUUACUGUCACUUGCUUGGCACGUUCGACCCCCAAGCAGGACAGCUCUUUCGUAUGGACAACCUUUAUCAACGAUAGCGGCUGGUCGUCAAAGGGCAUUGUCUUCUUCACUGGCUUGCUCAACCCCAACUUCAUCUACUCCGGCCUUGAUGGGGCCAUUCACCUGGCCGAAGAAUGCAACCAUGCAGCCUCCAGUAUCCCCAAGGCUCUGAUUUCUACUGUCACAAUUGGAUUUGUGUCAAGUUUCGUGUUCAGCGUCGCGAUGCUGUACAGCUUCCGCGAUAUUGAACCUGUUCUCCAGUCUCCGUAUCCGAUAUUGGAGAUUUGGUCGCAAGCCACAGGCUCCUCCGCUGCUGCCACAACCUUCGUUGUGACUAUCGCAAUAUGCGGCUGCUUCGCUUGUACAGGUGCUCUACAAACAGCCAGCCGACUUACAUGGUCCUUCGCUCGGGACGAUGCGAUCGUGUUUUCAUCAUUUCUCGGCAAAAUUAGCCCACAAUUCGGCGUGCCUGUCAACGCACUCAUUGUCAAUUCAGCUCUCAUCUUCAUCCUGGGCUGCGUAUUUCUUGGUUCUUCGACGGCGUUCAAUGCGUUGGUCGCCACGGGUUUGAUUCUUCAACAAGUCAGUUUCAGCUUCCCAGCGGCGUUGACUUUGUAUCACAGAUUCAAGGGGCCAGCAGCAUUUGAGAAGGUUCUACCAAGGUGCAAGUUCCGACUGCCACAGCCUGUCGGUGUUGUUGCCAAUGUUUUGACAAUCGCGCUUGGUCUCAUUGCAUUGAUAUUCUACGAUUUCCCCGUGGUAAUGCCCGUUACCUCUUCAAAUAUGAACUACGCAAGUGUCGUCAUAGGAGUGAUGGGACUUUUCGCCAUCGGUAACUGGUUCGGUCAUGCAAAUAGAAGAUACAAAGGACCAAGGCUCGAUUAG